UAUUGUCAGUGAAUUUUAAUUACUCUUUGGACAUUAUUAGUAUAUUCUGUUAUAUAUUUCCCUUGUUUUUUUUUCUUCUGAGAAUUGUUUCAUUUUCCGAUUGCCUUUGUGAUGUUAUGCACCAAAUCGUAGGCUGUAUUUCUAUUUUUUCCCCUUUUUAUAAUUAGAAAGAAAAUCAAUGUACGAAAUUAUACAAAAUACAAAAAUCUAUGUGUAGUUUUGAUAGCGUAAUACAGGAUUUUUUUUUUUCAUUAGAAAUAAUAGGGGAGUGCUACGUAAAUCAGAGUAAAUUGUGAAUUAUGGUUCUCUAUAUGAAUUUAGCAGUUAUACUAAGUUCUACGUCAAAAAAUACAAAAAAAUUACAAUGGAAUAUAUAUAUUUUUUCAACACUGGAGCGACAAUAAGCAAAUUUAAAAACUCUCUUUUGAGGUAUCAGAUUCUUUCAUAAAUUCCGUAACUAACCUUUUUGUAUAGUUUUCUGACCAAUUACCGAUGCUAUUAUGUUUCAACCCUUCGCCACCUCGACAUUCCCAUUCGUCUAUUGAGUCAUCUUCAAAACAAUCUGCCAUUCAUUUAAGUUCACUGAAACAUUUUCUCUCUUUUUGAAUGAACUGCGGGAAAAUCAAGCCUCUGUGUGGCUCCUGUCCCACAUGGAAGUGAAGACGGAAUAUGUAGGAUAUGUAUGAGGCAUGGCAUCUCAAGUUGCCAAGAACAAAGAAAUGUACAUCACGAGGAAGUGUCAUUAGCAAAUCACUGGGAUGGAAAAAAUCUUCAGAGAUAUUCAGCCAUUAUACAGAUUAGGGAGGAAUUUGAUCAAAGUAGAUUGUGUCAAGAGAUAAGGACAAGACAAUGGCCUAUAGGAAUACUUUUUGAAGAAGAAAAAAUUACAAAGACAGAAAAGAAAAGAAAAAAUAAUAAUAUAUAUUUCCACACAAAUAUAUAUGUAUAUAUAUUAAAGUUUCCUUGACUAAAAACCCUGACCAUCAACAUGGCUUCGAGUGAUGUUGAAAGCGGACAGCCUUGCCUUCCGCCAAACCCGCCUCCUCGUCCAAGAGCCUGCCUCCACCACCAGCACCACCAACACCACCACCAUCACCACAACCAUGACUGCGAGGAGGAAAUGACCCCGAAGCAGAAGGCAGACUUUGCUGUGAUAAAAUUUGUAGCAGGCCUUGUGCUUAUAGUGAUGCGGAAGUUUUGGUUCACUUCAGCAGCGGUGAUGCUGGGUAUCUUCGUCCUGUUCUGGCUGUACGGAGGGUGUCUUGCCUUGCUCCUCACACUGAUUGCAUUCUCAGGUAUAUAUACUGUGCAUCUUUAUAUUGCUUCCAAUCUCAGAAGACUCGAGAAAUCUCAUAUAUGGCUCCAGAAUUACUUUGUCACCCGUGAUCCAUUAACAAUGUCAACUUCUUGCAGGUUAAGCAACGUGUAUGAAAUGUAUCGAUGGCUGCACGUGAACCUUCUCCUGUUAGAGUACCGAGGCUAUGGCCUGAGUGAAGGUUCACCAUCUGAAGAGGGCCUGUACCUAGAUGCACAGGCAGCUAUUAACUACCUCAAAACCAGAUCUGAUAUAGACCAAAACAAGAUUAUAAUAUUUGGUAGAUCCUUAGGUGGUGCUGUAGCUGUAGAUUGUGUUAGUAGGUCAGAGAUCAGCAGUCGUGUUGCGGCCGUGAUCCUAGAGAAUACCUUCACUUCCAUCCCGGACAUGGCCAAGGUCCUCUUCUCUAACGUUAAGUUCCUGGCGAAGUUGCCUGAGUGGUGUCACAAGAAUAAGUACCUGUCAAAAUACAAGAUGUGUAGAGUGGUUGUGCCAACGUUAUUCCUCUCAGGCCAGGCAGACUCACUGGUACCUCCACGCAUGAUGAUGGAGUUGUACCAUUGUUGUGCAUCACCGGCCAAACGUCUCAUGCAGUUCACACAGGGCUCCCAUAAUGAAACCUGGAAGUGUCCUGGGUAUUACCAGGUGUUGCUUCAUUUCCUUGAUGAGCUAUUUCAGAGGACCACUCAGCCUCCAGUCCUCCUGCCCGGUGUUGUGUGUUUCUCAGAACCUCAGAUUCUCUAGCAUCCUUCAGGCCCCUUUAUCAUCAUGUUGGUCACAUAAGCUCUCAUAAACAUUACCCUCAUUGGUUGCAUGAUUCAUCUUCGCUAGAAUGAAGCAGGGAAGAAGGUUUAAUUUAUGGAGGUUUUUAUGUUAAAAUACUAGAAAUGGGAAAUGGGACAAAGAGAUGUGUAUGUGCAGUGUACUGACAGUGGUUCUUAGCCCGGUGAUUAAGCUGUGAAUGUAAACUAUAAAAGUGAUUAUAAAAUGUUUAUUUCUCUGUGUUUGUACUGACUCUUAUGCAGUGUUAACAUGCAACAGAAGUUAUCCUUUACUUCAUUGAGAUUGUAAAUGAAAAGAAUUUGAUCCCUUAUGGCAAAAUUUACAAAAAGACUGAAAAAAGGACUUUAUUUUAGAUGCUGUAACAAAGGAAGAGCAACUUUGUUUCAUCAUCAGCUCUUCUUUUUUCUUUUCUUUUAUUUAUUUGCUAAUUUCUUUAUUUUCGUAAAUAUAGAUAUAUGUUUA